UAAUGCCUCAGAUUAGUGUGAAAACAUCUGCUAUGCUAUCAAUGACUAAACUUUUGACCAAAGAUUAUUAUCCCUCCAGACCAGAACCACAACAUAACAUUUACCAAGGCAUAUUCCUUACAUUCUCUAAAUUGAUAACUCACAUCCAACCACAUGGACCAAAAAUUCACCUUUCAUCUUUCUCCUACGUCACCUUAUUCCAACUCCUCAUCAUCAUCAAUGCUAGAGAUUGGAGCUGUUUGAGCUUCAACAAUGUCUUUUACGGCUGUUUUCUCACGUGUGAAUUUGUUAAACCUUCCCACAACCAAUCUCCGAUGUUGUAGUACAGCAACAAAACCUCUUAGAUUGUUUAGAUGCUUAACUUUCCCUCACAGGUUGUUUGCCAAUGAGAAUGCAAAUGCCAAAUUUCCUCUCUUCUUUAGAACCAGAAUUAGAUGCAUUAAGCAAGAGGGUGAGGAAAAUUAUGUGACUUUAAAAUCUAAGGAUAUAUCAGAUACAGAAAAUAGAUUCAGUAAUGAGGUGCAAACAAACGGUAAAGAAGGGCAUAACAAGUGGGAGGUCCCAUUCCUGGCUAUGGUUGUGAUUGCGUUGGGCGUAGCUGUAAUAGCUACAUUAGCAUCCAUUGGCCAGCAGCCUACGUUUGGUCUGCAGAUUCUGUCGGAAGGCUCCUCCUCUUCAGCAGUUGCUCCGGUUGCUGCUGAUUUCACUUUCAAAGUUUUUGGAUUCAGAGUUAUCAUUCCGCAAUAUGCACCAGGAUGGAUCUACUUCUGGUUGCUUAUGGCUGCAGGUUGUGGACUUUUCAUUAGUGAAGAGGCUUUAAAUAUUUGGGUCGGUACAUCAAUAGCAAGGCUUCUGUCUCUUGACGGAACAUGGCAGUCGUUUGUUGAAUCUUUCUCAAGGAAUGCUUCAUACAUCAUUUCAACGGUUCUAUGGGUUUAUUGGGGAGUUUGCAUUAGUGACAUGAUACCCUUUUAUUUGGGGAAACUUUUUAGAAAGACUGGUGCAUCUGCUGAUGUUACUUCAAGGUUAGGAAUUGGCAAAGAGAAGGCUAUAGAGAUCACAGAUGUUGUACAAAAGUAUGGCAAUCUUAUUGGUUUUGUUGAACGAUUCUCUCUUGGAGUGAGAAACCCUACAGCUUUCCUUGCAGGAGCCUUGGGUAUUUCUCCACAGUUGUUUUUUGCAGGCGUCUGUUGUGGUGGUCUGUUCACACUUCCCAUUCAGCUUGGAAUAGGAUUCCUUUUGAGGGAGCGGCCUAUAUUUGCUCUCGCUACCGUCGCAACUGUAGUGGGAAUUUGGACAAUUUUUCCAUAUGCUGUGGCUGCUGCAACUGCUUUAUUCUUUUACGUCAGGCGGAAGUACUUCUCUUAGAAUCCUUGAAUGCCGUGUAAGAGUAUUAAAAAAUGUUGAUUCUUAAUUUGUAUAUGUUGAUAAGUAACAUGUUGAAGUUGAUUCAUCAAUUUAUUGAACUUUUUCCUUCUUAAACCAAUUUGUGAUAUAGGUGAUGAUCAUUCACUAUGGCUGAUUAGCCAUAUAUACUAAACUAGGGUAUGGAAGUUAGGAUUCUUUUUGUAAAUGAUAUUAAAUCCCUUUGUAGUACUUGAUUGUAUUUAAUUAUAAAAUGGCUUGUUUAAUGUUA